GCGUGGCUGGAUUUAUUAGUCCGCUGUGUUGGGGGUUACUAACCUGGGGAGUCUCAGGUCUUGGGGUCGGGGUGGAGGGUCGCCUACUGGCACCCCACGUUCGGGCUAGUGGGAUGGCGACACGCUGGAGCAGCGAGAACGUGGUGGUGGAGUUUCGAGACUCACAGGCAACUGCCAUGUCUGUGGACUGUCUUGGGCAGCAUGCAGUGCUUUCUGGCCGAAGAUUCCUAUACAUCGUCAAUCUAGAUGCCCCUUUUGAAGGUCACCGGAAAAUCUCCCGCCAGAGCAAAUGGGACAUUGGAGCCGUGCAGUGGAAUCCUCACGACAGCUUUGCCCACUAUUUUGCAGCUUCGAGUAAUCAACGGGUCGACCUUUAUAAGUGGAAAGAUGGCAGCGGGGAAGUUGGCACAACCUUACAGGGGCACACUCGAGUUAUCAGCGACUUGGACUGGGCAGUGUUUGAGCCAGAUCUCCUGGUCACCAGCUCUGUGGACACCUACAUCUACAUCUGGGAUAUUAAAGACACAAGGAAACCUACUGUUGCACUUUCGGCUGUAGCUGGUGCCUCCCAGGUCAAAUGGAAUAAAAAGAAUGCCAACUACCUUGCCACCAGCCAUGAUGGUGAUGUACGGAUAUGGGAUAAGCGAAAACCCAGUACAGCGGUGGAGUAUCUAGCAGCCCACCUCUCCAAGAUCCACGGCCUGGAUUGGCACCCAGACAGUGAGCACAUUUUUGCCACUUCCAGUCAAGAUAACUCUGUCAAGUUCUGGGAUUACCGCCAGCCUCGGAAAUACCUCAAUAUUCUACCUUGCCAGGUGCCUGUCUGGAAAGCCAGAUACACACCUUUCAGCAACGGGUUAGUGACCGUGAUGGUUCCUCAGCUUCGGAGGGAAAACAGCCUGCUCCUGUGGAACGCGUCUGACCUGAACACUCCGGUUCACACCUUUGUGGGGCAUGACGACGUGGUGCUGGAGUUCCAGUGGAGGAGACAGAAGGAAGGGUCCAAGGACUAUCAACUGGUUACAUGGUCCCGGGAUCAGACCUUGAGAAUGUGGAGAGUGGAUUAUCAAAUGCAGAGGCUCUGUGCCAAUGACGUCCUGGAUGGUGUUGAUGAGUUCAUUGAGAGCAUUUCUCUCCUGCCGGAACCUGAGAAGACCCUACAUCCUCAAGACGCAGAUCACCAGCCCAGCCUAAGCCAUGGAGAGGAAGAUGCCAUAAAGGAAGAUCCUCCCAGUAGUUUGCUGGAAGAGAAGAGAUCAGACCAACUAGGCCUGCCUCAGACUCUGCAACAGGAGUUCUCCUUGAUCAACGUGCAGAUCCGGAAUGUCAAUGUGGAGAUGGAUGCUGCCGACCGGAGCUGCACGGUGUCUGUGCAUUGCAGCCACCACCGUGUGAAGAUGCUGGUGACGUUCCCAGCCCAGUACCCCAACAACGCUGCUCCUUCUUUCCAGUUCAUUAACCCCACCACUAUCACGUCCACUGUGAAGGCCAAGCUGCUGAAGAUCCUAAAGGACACUUCCCUGCAGAAAGUGAAACGCAACCAGAGCUGUUUGGAGCCGUGCCUGCGCCAGCUUGUCUCGUGCCUUGAGUCGUUUGUGAACCAAGAGGACAGUGCUUCAAGCAACCCAUUUGCACUCCCAAACUCUGUCACACCACCCUUACCAACGUUUGCACGGGUGACCACUGCCUAUGGCUCAUACCAGGAUGCCAAUAUUCCCUUUCCUAGAACCUCUGGGGCCAGGUUUUGUGGAGCAGGUUACCUGGUGUACUUCACACGGCCCAUGACGAUGCAUCGAGCAGUGUCUCCCACAGAGCCCACUCCUAGAUCUCUCUCAGCCCUAUCUGCUUACCAUACUGGCUUGAUUGCACCGAUGAAGAUCCGCACCGAGGCCCCUGGGAACCUGCGUUUGUACAGUGGGAGCCCAACUCGGAGUGAGAAAGAGCAGGUCUCCAUCAGCUCCUUCUACUACAAGGAACGGAAAUCAAGGAGGUGGAAAAGUAAGCGGGAAGGGUCAGACUCUGGCAACCGACCCAUUAAGGCUGCUGGGAAGGUCAUCAUCCAGGAUGUCUCGUGCCUCCUUCCCGUUCAUAAGUCCUUGGGAGAGCUGUACAUAUUGAAUGUGAAUGACACUCAGGAGACAUGUCAGAAGAAUGCUACUUCUGCCAUGCUUGUUGGAAGGAAGGAUCUUGUCCAGGUUUGGUCGCUGGCCACGGUAGCUACAGAUCUUUGCCUUGGUCCGAAGUCUGACCCAGAUUUGGAAACACCCUGGGCUCGACAUCCAUUUGGGCGACAGCUGCUGGAGUCCCUACUGGCUCACUACUGCCAACUCCGAGACGUUCAGACCUUGGCUAUGCUCUGCAGUGUGUUUGAAGCCCAGUCCCGGCCUCAGGGGUUACCGAACCCUUUUGGGUCUUUUCCUAAUCGUUCUUCUAAUCUCGUGGUGUCCCACAGCCGAUAUCCCAGCUUUACCUCCUCGGGGUCCUGCUCCAGCAUGUCCGAUCCAGGGUUCAACACUGGUGGCUGGAACAUAGCAGGAAGAGAGACAGAACACAUAUCUUCUCCUUGGGGAGAGUCUUCGCCAGAGGAGCUCCGUUUUGGGAGUCUGACCUACAGUGACCCCCGUGAGCGGGAACGAGACCAGCAUGAUAAAAACAAAAGGCUCCUGGAUCCUGCCAAUACCCAGCAGUUUGAUGACUUUAAGAAGUGCUACGGAGAGAUCCUCUACCGCUGGGGUCUGAGAGAGAAGCGAGCAGAAGUGCUGAAGUUUGUGUCCUGCCCUCCUGACCCUCACAAAGGAAUCGAGUUUGGCGUGUACUGCAGUCACUGCCGGAGUGAGGUCCGUGGCACCCAGUGUGCCAUCUGCAAAGGCUUCACGUUCCAGUGUGCCAUCUGCCAUGUGGCUGUGCGGGGUUCAUCCAACUUCUGCCUGACCUGUGGGCAUGGUGGCCACACAAGCCAUAUGAUGGAAUGGUUUCGGACCCAGGAGGUAUGUCCCACUGGGUGUGGCUGCCACUGCCUACUGGAGAGCACCUUCUGAACUUAAAGGACAGUGGCACUUGCAGAAAUCCCAGAGGGCACUAUACGUGCUAGAGAAGGCUCUCUGCUGCUGGUGGUGGAAAGUUCUAAAACCAGGGUCAUCCUCGGUGAUUUGGAACGGAGAAGUCCCCUCACAGACUGUCACAGCGUCUGCCCGUGAGCCUUUGUGUUCCCUUCUUUUUGGCUGUCAGGGCAUGGAUGGUGCUGGAAGAAGGGAGGGGGACACACAGAGCUGACCCUCCUGCACUGCUGUUGAGUCCACAGUGGAUGUUUUCAUGAGGAAAAGCACCUGUGUCCAGAGCCACCAGAGCCUCAUCAGCCUUCAGGAUGCUGUCCUUGAACCAAGAAUGGGCUCUCCAGAUGCCAGUACAAAGACACACAAGCUGCAGAACAGUCUCCUGAGCCAAAAGACAGCUGCUGGCUCUUAGUGUCAUCCACAAGUGAGCUCUGUUUAUCUGUGACUUUAGAAGUUGUCACCUUGAUGGUGGCCUUAUAAAUACAUUACUAAAGUGUAAUAUAUGAUGGAUGUGUAUUCAGCAUUCUUUCCUUGGUACAGGGCUUGAACUCAAGCGCCAUGCACAUAUUGGUGAGCAGCUGUACCACUGAGUUAACAUUCCAGCCCCAGAAGAGUGCUUAAGGUGUGUGUGUGUGUGUACUAUUUCUCUUUAUCUGCUUUCCUUUGACUAAUAGAAGCUUAUAGUUGUGUGUGUGUGUGUGUGUGUGUGUGUGUGUGUGUGUGUGUGAGAGAGAGAGAGAGAGAGAGAGAGAGAGAGAGAGAGAGAGAGAGAGAGAAUUCUUAGCGACUCACUUUGCAUUGUACUUCUGGUUGAAGGGAACCGUUUUGGACAGGACUAGAAUUAGUCUCAUGACUUCUAAAGGAAAUGCCAUUUGACUUUGAUCAUCUGAUAGAAGAAACAGAAUCUGACAUUAAGGUUCUCUCUAGCCGCAAGAGUCUCAUAACUGUUUCUUCUAGCAAAAGGGAAAUGAGAUUGCAUUUCAGCACUGAUACCAAAGUCUCUCUCUGCCUCCGGGCAGGCUGGCCGGGUUCCAGGGGCGCUUUUUACUUGAACUCCCUUGCAAACUCACCAGAAUCACUCCUUGAGCAUUUUCCGGGGCUUCACUUGUCUAUACCAGGGAAGAGAUUUUUAAAAAACAAAACAACCCACUAUACUGAAAUUCCUAUCUCUUAGAAAUGUAAAUUCCUUGGGCCUUUCAUAUGGAUCAGUGGGCACAGUUACCUGCCACUAAGCUUACUAACCUAAGUUUGGUCCCCAGCAUGACCCACAUGAUAGAAGAGCUGACUCCUAAAAGUUGUCCUCUGACUUCCACAUGUGUGCAUUGAUAUGUUAAUGUACACACACAACAAAAAAUGAAAUUUACAAAUUUAUUCCAAAUUGAUUAAUCUGAGAGACAUAAGUAAUUUGUGUCAUUGGAGUAUGGGUACACGUAUCUCUAAUCCCUUCACUCAUGAGGCUGAGGUAAGAGGGUUUCAGGUUUGAGGCCAUCCUGGGCUACACAGUGAGUUGAUGGUCAGCCCAACUUAUGUAUGAAGACACUUAAAAACAAACAUCAUAAAAAGAUCUGGAGCUAUAGCUUAGUAAUUGAAUACUUGCCUAGCAUACAGGAGGUGAUGAGUUUGAUCCUCAGCAACACACACACACACACACACACACACACACUCACAACACUACAUCUUCCAUGGUAAGUAAAUUUUGUAUAUCACUUUGUUUGAAACUACAAUUUAAGACUCAUGAAUGGAUUAGGAAAUCAAUCUUGUAGAUAAAAACCAACAUUUUAUAUUUCUAAGGAUUACUUUGUGAAUCUCUGUGUGUCUUCAAGUGUAUGUAGUGUGGGACAGAAGAGGCCAUCUGAUUCCUUGGUGCUAGAAUUAUAGGUAUUUUCAGGACAUCCUGAUUGUUUAAUGUGUGUUUAGGGAUCACACAUGUAACUUGGAUCUUCAUGACUGCAAAGUCAAAACUGUUUUGUCACCAGCCCCAAAACUGUCAUUUAAAGACAGUGAAAUCACGUGGACGAGAAA